CGGAAGCGGCUGGUGAGAACUUCCGGUUUUCACGGUAAUGGCGGAUGUUGUUGAAAUAGAGUCGGUGAAGAAUUAUCAAAUAGCGUUUGAGAAGAUCGACCUGAACACCAGUCGAUAUCCAUACUGUAUCGUGUGGACACCGAUCCCUGUAUUAUCAUGGCUGUUUCCAUUCAUUGGUCACAUGGGGAUCUGCACGUCUGCGGGCGUGAUCCGUGACUUUGCUGGACCUUACUUCGUAUCGGAAGACAACAUGGCGUUCGGAAGACCAACAAAGUACUGGAUGCUGGACGUCAGUAAAGUUUAUGCUGGCGGCUCCAACGCCUGGGACACGGCAGUUCGUGACGCUUCAGAGGAAUACAGGCACAGGAUGCACAACCUCUGCUGUGAUAAUUGUCACUCGCACGUGGCCAUGGCGUUGAACCUCAUGCGCUACGACAACAGCACCUCAUGGAACAUGGUGAACGUCUGUCUGUUCGCCCUCCUCAACGCCAAACACGUCAGCUGCACCGGCUUUCUGAAGACCUGGUUGCCCUUCAUCAUACUCUGCAGCGUCAUCGUGGCUCUGGCUCUCUACAUGAACUUGCGAUGACCACACCGGGGGUCGUACGUGAAAAGAGGGCCAUAGAGACCCGGUGGAGAUCCCGGUUCAGACCAUGACGUGGGACUCGAACUACCGAACGUGGGGCGGGACUACACCGGACAACAGACUGGUCCGCAUGCAGAUGAGGAACGUUCCAAAACCUAAUCUUAAGCCUGAGACGUGAAACCCAUCACACGGGUUCUCCAGCAUGUUCUCAAACGCUCGUCUUCCAAAGUGUGAAAUCAGUGGUGCUGAUUUAUAUCUGGAUCAUUAUUCUGUCCCACAAUCAUAACACUCUUCGUUUAGACAAUUUAACGUCACUAAUUUGCAGAAUUUUGUCUUCGUGUUUUCAACAGCAUUAGUGUCCAGGUCAUUUUAUAUACACACGCACAACGGUCAACACCAGGAGUAUUUUUGAUCUUUAUUGCUGUAGCAUCACCGCUCCUGGUCUUUCUGUCUGUAGAGAAAAUCAUUGCUCUCCUCGUGUCCAUGUGGGUUUCCUGUGGACUGGAUUUUCACCCGGUGGUCUCCUGCUCCGGUCACUUUCAUAGUAAUUCUACUGACCAGUAAAGAAAUGAUGUUUGAAAUGAUAGUUAACCACCAAAAUUAGCAUUAGAUAUAAUUUAUUGAUCCCAUGAGGGAAAUUUUUGUCAGUAACAAGAUACACACAAAAUAUCAAAUUUAAAAUAAAAUUAUUUAAUCUUAAUUAAUAUUCUCUAUACUGAUAUCCUUAUCAAUGGCAUCUAUAGAAGAAAAUUCUGCCUCAUCACACCACAGAUGAUCAAACUGAAUCGGUUUCCUUUAAAACACGUACACCUCAUUUCCAGGAUAUGUGUGUGUGUGUGUGUGUGUGUGUGUGUGUGUGUCAGUUUGCACGCCAGUAAAAGCACAACUCUGUUCUUCCUGUAAAGAAGAAAUAUAAAAUGUUUUAAUAAACUUCUUUAAAUAAAAACA